CGAUUAAUGUUGAAUAGCGUGUUGCGGCAGAGUUCGCGCUACAUUAACAAAAUGGUGCCUCAAGUAGUCUUCGUGUUGGGAGCUCCUGGCUCUGGCAAAGGUACACAGUGCUCAAUGAUUUCUAAAGAAUAUGAUUAUGUCCAUUUGAGUGCAGGCGAUUUACUCCGAGAAGAACGCCAGAGACCUGGUUCAGAAUACGGAGAAAUGAUUGAAGAAAAGAUUCGUAACGGUGAGAUAGUUCCAGUGGAGGUUACUUGCUCCUUAUUACACAAGGCCAUGCAGAAAUCCGGUAAAGAACGUUUCCUCAUAGAUGGCUUUCCGCGUAAUCAAGAUAAUAUGGAUGGCUGGGAGCGCGUCAUGUCCGACAAAACCAAGCUACUUUUCGUUUUGUUCUUCGAAUGUUCGCGUGAAAUAUGUACCGAGAGAUGCUUGAGACGCGGCGCUGCAGGCAGUGGACGAAGCGACGACAACGUAGAGAGCUUAAAGAAAAGAUUCAACACAUAUCUGAAUGAUACAAUGCCGAUCAUCAACUAUUACGAUAAAUUAGGUCUUGUCCGCAGGAUCAAUGCUGAAGAAGAACCUGAUCAGGUGUUUGACAAAGUUAAAGUAGCAUUUGACGAGAUUAAAUUGAAAUGAAUCAAAUUGUAACUAUAAUCUGUAUAUUAGAUCAAUUGCCCUGC